AUGUCACCGAUGGUGUGCAGCAGCUCGAAACAGCUGGUUGCCGGCUGCCACUUCAUCGGCGAUUUUCUGCUCGCCUCAGGUGUGCCAGCGUUCCACGGAAUAGUUAUUAAUACUGGUGCAAAAAGUGAGUUUGGUCAAGUUUUUGCUAUGAUGCAAGCUGAAGAAGCACCCAAAACACCAUUGCAAAGAAGCAUGGAUAUUCUUGGUACUGAACUUUCUUUCUAUUCUUUUUGUAUUAUCGGUGUAAUUAUGUUGCUCGGCUGGCUUCAGGGUAAACCUAUCCUUGAAAUGUUAACCAUUGGUGUGAGCCUUGCAGUAGCAGCCAUACCAGAAGGUUUACCAAUAGUUGUUACAGUUACACUUGCCUUAGGUGUAAUGAGAAUGGCUAAAAGAAAAGCAAUUGUGAAAAAGUUACCUACAGUAGAAACCUUAGGUUGUGUCAAUGUAAUUUGUUCCGACAAAACAGGCACUAUUACUAAAAAUGAAAUGACUGUUACAAUAAUGAUCACAUCUGAGAAUUAUGUUGCGGAUGUCACUGGUGCUGGUUAUAAUGCUAAGGGAGAAAUCAAAUUGCACAAAUGUGAUAAUGUAGAACUGGCCCGUGCAGCUAUUAGUAAUAUGCUUGAAGUGGGUUGUGUAUGUAACAAUGCAAUUAUUCAAAAUGAUACUUUAUUGGGUCAACCAACCGAAGGUGCUAUAUUAUCAGCUGGUAUGAAAAAUGGUAUGUAUAAUAUAAGUGAAAAAUAUCUUCGUAUACAGGAGUAUCCAUUUUCAUCUGAGCAAAAAAUGAUGGCUGUUAAGUGUGCAGCAAAAUAUGGAGAGAGCAAACACGAAAUCUAUUUUGUUAAAGGAGCUUUAGAAAAGAUUUUGCCGCAGUGCACAAAAUACUCUAUCAAUGGUCAGAUGUAUUCUCUAACACAAAAAAAAGAGCAAGAAUUUUUUACUAUAGCUUAUGAUAUUGGUCAACGAGGCUUAAGAGUUAUUGGCUUAGCUCGUGGAUCAUCGCUUCAAGAUCUAGUAUAUGUAGGUUUAGUUGGAAUAUGUGAUCCACCAAGACCUUAUAUUCGUAAUUCAAUAUCUUCUUUGAUGGCCAGUGGUGUUAGGAUUAAAAUGGUUACAGGUGAUGCUAGAGAAACAGCUGCAGCCAUUGCUACUACAAUCGGCUUGGAUAGCACAUACGGUAAACUUUUAUCUGGAAGUGAAAUUGAUACACUGACUGAUCAAGAACUGGAGGAUAAAAUUAAUAAUGUCAAUGUUUUUUACCGAGUAACGCCCAAACAUAAAUUAGACAUUGUGAAGGCUUUACAAAAGAAAGGAAAUAUUGUGGCUAUGACUGGAGAUGGUGUAAAUGAUGGAGUAGCAUUGAAAAAAGCAGAUAUUGGAAUAGCAAUGGGCACGAAUGGUACUGAUGUCUGUAAAGAGGCUGCUGAUAUGAUAUUGGUUGAUGAUGAUUUUCACACAAUUAUAUCUGCCAUAGAAGAAGGCAAAGGAAUAUUUUACAAUAUACGAAAUUUUGUUAGAUUUCAAUUAAGUACAAGCAUCGCAGCAUUAUCAUUAAUAGCAUUAGCUACUUUGAUGGGCGUUCCUAAUCCUCUUAAUGCCAUGCAAAUUCUUUGGAUUAACAUAAUUAUGGACGGACCUCCAGCACAGAGCUUAGGAGUUGAACCAGUAGAUAAGGAUGUUUUGAAACAAAAGCCCCGGAAUGUAACAGAACCUAUGAUAACAAGACACCUGAUAUUUAAUGUUUUAUUGUCCGCUGUUAUGAUAAUUUUAGGAACUCUCUGGGUCUAUAACCGUGAAAUGACUUCGGGUGGAAUUACUUCAAGAGACACAACUAUGACUUUUACAUGUUUUGUCUUUUUUGAUAUGUUCAAUGCUCUUAGUUGCCGUUCUCAGACAAAAUCAAUAUUCACAAUAGGUUUUUGGAGCAAUAAAAUGUUUUUAGCAGCUGUUUCACUAUCUGUUGUGGGUCAAAUGCUAGUUAUUUAUUUUCCUCCACUUCAAAGAAUUUUUCAAACUGAAGCAUUAUUCUUCAAAGAUCUUGUAUUUUUGGUAAUGUUAACAUCAAGUGUUUUCGUCAUUAGUGAAUUAAAAAAAUUAAUGGAACGCCAACUGUCCAAACGAAGGAACACGGAUCACUAUUAUUUAAAAUCUGAACUAAAUUACGUAUGAAGAGUGAAACCGCUAACAUGACGAAAUGGAUACAUUUCAUACAUCGUGUCGUUAUUUUCUCUUUGUUUAUAAAUCAUGGAAUACACUGACGAGUGCAGAAUGCAAAUUUUUUUUGAAAAACAAUGAGAAUAGAUUUCGUAAUAUUUUUUAAUGUAAUCAGUAUUUUACAUUUCUUUUAUCUUUAUUUCCCAUCUUAUAUUUUUUCCUCAAUUUUGCAUCAUUAGUACUCAAUAGUCGUACGUACGAGUUAGAACAGACUCAUUUCAGUCUUAAUUUGAACCAACAGAUAAAAUAAAUUAAUGCACGAUGUAAAUCAUUGUGUAUACUAAUAUUAUAUUAAUAUAGCACA